GUAUACCUUAGUGAAAAAUACUACUCCUCCUCCUCCUUGGCUAUGGUUGAUGAUAGCAAUGGCAUCGGUGUUAGUGAAUGGGAUGUGUUGUUUUGGGUGUUUGGAUCAAGAGAAAAUUGCUCUCUUGAACCUCAAAGCUUCCAUCAACUACCCAAAUGGUGUCUCUUUGCCUUCUUGGGUUAACAAUCAGUCUGCUAACUGUUGUCAAUGGGAAAGAGUCGAGUGCAACAACACUUCAAAGAGAGUGAUCCAACUCUCUCUUUAUCUUUUAAGGGAUUGGACAUUAGGAGAUUGGUAUUUCAAUGCUUCUCUAUUGCUUCCCUUUGAAGAACUCAAGACUCUUGACUUAUCUUAUAACUUUUUAGCUGGUUGGGUUGAGAGUGAAGGUUUUGCAAGAUUGUCAAAGUUACACAAUCUUGAGUUCCUUAAUCUUGGUGGCAACAGUUUCGAUAACAGUAUUAUAACUUCUAUUGCCAGUCUUUCAAGCCUAAAGUCUUUGGAUCUUUCAAUUAAUAACAUCGAAGGAUCAACUUAUUUCAAUGGUUUUGCAAGACUUUCAAGGCUGCAGAAUCUUGAAUUCCUUAAUCUUGCUGGCAACCGUUGCAAUAACAGUAUUUUAAGAUAUCUUGAUGGCCUAUCAAGCUUAAGGUCAUUAGAUGUUUCAUUUAAUGAUAUGACAGAAUCAAUUCAUAUCAACAGUUUUGCAAGACUUUCGAAACUGAGGAAUCUUGAAUUUCUUAAUCUUCGUGGCAAUAAUUUCAGCAAUAGUAUUCUAACAUCUAUUGGUGGCCUUUCAAGUUUAAAGUCUCUUGAUCUUUCAGACAAUGACAUUAAAGGAUUGAUUAAUUUCAGCAAAUUGGAGAACCUGAGUAUUUUGGAAGAUUUGUUUUUGGAUCAUAAUAUUAUUAAGGGUGGUUCUCUUCGAAGCAUAAGAGGGAUGAUAUCCCUUCGGGUAUUGUCAAUGCGAUCCUGUGGCCUCAUUGGUCGCCUUCCAACAGAAGGGUUGUGUGAAAUGAAGACUCUUCAAGAGCUCAACAUCUUCGGAAACAAACUUUGGGGGGACUUGCCUUGGUGCUUAGCCAACUUGACAUCACUUCGUCUGCUAGAUAUCUCUUCCAAUGAUUUCUCUGGAAACAUUGCAGCUUCUCCUCUUAUCAACCUAACAUCCUUGGAAUACCUAGCACUCUCAAAUAAUGGCCUUCAAGUCCCAAUCUCACUCCGAUCAUUUUUUAACCACUCCAAACUUAAGUUGCUUGAAAGCCUUGAUAACAAGUUGGUGGCGGAAGAGGGAUUGGACUCCUCAACCCCAAGUUUCCAGCUAAAUGUCAUCCGUCUGUCUGAUUCCAGAUGCAACAAUUGCUCCAUAGCUUUUCCCUACUUCCUUUACCAUCAAACUCAACUCCAAAUGGUUGAACUCUCUCAAAUGGAUUUCAAAGGGAAGUUUCCGAAUUGGUUGUUGGAGAACAAUACGGGAUUGGUAAUACUUCUUCUUCCAGAAAAUUCAGUAAAUGAGAUAAUUUUACCGUUACACCCCAUGAAAAAGCUUUUUGAAUUGGAUAUAUCCAGCAAUCAUAUUCAAGGUUGCAUCCCUUCAGAACUUGCCAAUAUCUUUCCCAGUUUAAUAUAUUUAGACAUGUCCGCAAAUGGCUUUAAAGGUGAUAUUCCUUCUUCAUUUGGUGACCUAAUUUAUCUACAAGUUCUAGAUUUAUCAAACAACCAAUUAUCUGGUAAGAUACCAAUUCAUUUGGCCACGGGUUGCAAGUCCUUUGGAUUCCUAAGCCUAUCAAACAACAACUUGACAGGGCCAGUACUACCCGCUCAAAGUAACUUAUUUAUGUUGCAAUAUUUGUUUAUGGACUACAAUAACUUCACAGAAAUUCCACCUCUCUUUUCAAGACACCCUUUGGUGGUGUUAGAUGUGGGUCACAACCAAUUAUUGGGAAAGAUCCCAAGAUGGAUUGGGAAUAUGCGUUCUUUGGUAAUGCUUUCCAUGGAUAGCAAUCAUUUUGAAGGAUCAAUCCCAGUUGAACUUUGUGAUCUUAAUCCAGUUGUGUUGGACCUCUCAAAUAAUUACAUCACAGGAACAAUACCAUCUUGCAUGAACCUGGCAAACAUAGAAGAGGUUUGGUUGUCAAAUAAUAGGCUAAGUGGUCCUUUCCCAGAGGGUUUUCGUAAUAGCACUUCUUUGAAGGUGCUUGAUAUUUCUAAUAACCGCCUGAGGAAUGAUAUUCCAAAGUGGAUUGGCAACCUCUCCCAGCUCCAAAUUCUUCUCUUGAAAAAUAACAAUUUUGAGGGAAAUAUUCCAAAUCAAAUAUGUCAUUUGUCCUACUUGACUGUCAUUGAUCUUUCUUUGAACAACUUCUUUGGCCAUAUUCCACCUUGCCUGGGCAUCACCAAAACUCAAGGAGCAUCUGACCAUGCUGUAGAAGAGAGAUUUUAUGUGAUUAUGCAAUUCCAAACACCAUUAGAAGAUUUCAAGAGCGUGAAAGAGCCAAUUGGGGAUCACUACGAUUAUUUUCCCAGAUUGGAGAAUCACAUGGAGUUCACAACGAAAGGAAUGUCCUUGUUUUAUAGAGGGGUCCCUCUAGACCUCUUCUCAGCAAUCGAUCUCUCCAACAACAAGUUAACUGGACACAUACCACCAGAAAUUGGCAACCUUAGUCAUAUUCAAUCACUCAACUUGUCCCACAACAGCUUGAUUGGAGCCAUCCCUACAACUUUUUCCAACUUGAAGAGCAUAGAAAGCUUGGAUCUCUCCUACAAUAACUUGAAUGGGAACAUUCCCUACCAGCUUAUUAGUCUAUACUCUUUGGAAAAGUUCAAUGUGUCCUACAACCAUUUAAGUGGAAGGAUACCUCAACAAUCAAACCAAUUUGAAACCUUUGACUCAAGCAGCUUCAUUGGAAAUCCACUUCUUUGUGGAGAACCAUUACCAAAUAAUUGCAAUCCUGCAAUUGGUUCACCUCCAUCAACAUCAUCAACCAACAAUGGCAGUGAAACGAAAUUUGGCUUUAUUAACAUUGACACUUUCUAUAUGAGCUUCGCAGGGUCUUACAUAGCUGCAUUACUAGCUGUUGUAGGAAUUUUGUACAUAAAUCCUCAGUGGAGAAAAACAUGGUUCUACCUUGUUGAGGUUUUCAUUACUUCUUGCUACUACUUUAUCGUAGAUAAUCUCUGGAGGAUCAAAGCUUGUUUCCUUCAUAAAUAACAUCACUCGGCUGGAUACGGUUCGAUGUACCCUACCAAGUUUGUUCUGCUUGUAAAUUUGAAUUAAGUACCUGAUAUAUAGUUUAGUUUUCUACAUUUAGUUGUCAUACUCAAAGUGAUAAACAUGAAUAUUGUACGCAUAUCAUAGCUUUUCUUGGAACACUACGUACAUUACUAUCUCCUCUUUCCUAGCAGAUUUUCUUAAAGCUUCCUUGCAGAGGCGGA